CAGUGUGAAGAUGACCAGUGCCUUCCUAGCAUGACGACCUUGGACCAUGUGAUUGCUACCCACCAGUCAGAGUGGGUCUCCUUCAACGAGGAAUCGCUCUUCCCUGUCCCUUCUGAGGGGGGCACCGAAGACCACCUCCCAGGACCAUCUUCUUACUCAGACCGGUCUGAGAGCUCCUCCGGGGAGAACCAUGUGGUUCAUGGAGGCUCUCAGGAACUUUCCCACUCGGAGCAGGAUGACUCCUCUGAAAAGUUGGGCCUCAUCUCUGAAGCAGCCUCCCCUCCUGGGAGCCCCAAGCAGCCGCCACCCGACCUGGCCUCGGCCAUCAGCAACUGGGUUCAGUUUGAAGAUGACACACCCUGGGCCAGCACAUCACCACCUCAUAAGGAAACAAGAGAGACAGCCCUACCAUUGACCAUGCCCUGCUGGACGUGCCCUUCCUUCGACUCCUUGAGGAGAUGCCCUCUGACCUCCGAGAGCAGCUGGACCACACAUUCUGAAGACACCAGUAGCCCUAGUUUUGAUCCCUCAUACACCGACCUGCAGCUUAUCAAUGCUGAGGAGCAGACGAGUAGCAGGGCUUCUCAGGCUGACUCGACUGACAGUUCUUCCUCACUCCAGGAAGAUGAAGAGGUAGAGAUGGAGGCCGUCAGCUGGCCACCCACUAGUCCAGCCAUGAAUGGACACUCUGCAACUCCGGUGACUCCUGCUCGUUUCCCCAGCUGGGUCACUUUUGAUGACAAUGAAGUCAGCUGCCCUUUGCCACCUGUCACCUCUCCCCUGAAGCCAAACCCACCACCUACCGCAUCUGUGAUCCCAGAUGUACCUUAUCACUCAGCUGGGUCAUUUAAGAAGAGGGAACGUCCCAAGAGCACACUGAUGAACUUUUCCAAAGUUCAGAAGCUGGACAUUUCCUCCUUAAACCAUCCACCUUCCAUAACCGAGACUCCGCCACCGUGGAGGGCAACCAAUCCUUUCCUGAAUGAGACUCUGCAGGAUGUACAGCCCUCCCCCAUCAACCCUUUCAUUGCUUUCUUUGAGGAGCAGGAGAGGCGGUCCCAAAACAGUUCUGUUUCCAGUGCCACCGGCAAAAGCCAAAGAGAGUCUCUCAUUGUCAUCUACCAGGAUGCCAUCAGUUUUAAUGACUCAAGCAAAAACCAGUCACACUCUGAUGCCGUUGAAAAACUCAAGCAACUUCAGAUAGAAGAUCCUGAUCACUUAAGCAGUGCAACACUACCAGAUGAUGACCCGAAAGCCUGGAUUGAACUAGAUGACCACCCACCUGGUUCAGUGCUGUCCCAGCCCAGGGAUGGAUGGCCAAUGAUGCUAAGGAUCCCUGAGAAGAAAAACAUCAUGUCAUCUAGGCACUGGGGACCCAUCUACAUCAAACUGACAGACAGUGGUUACUUGCAGCUGUAUUAUGAGCAGGGCCUAGAAAAACCAUUCCGCGAGUUCAAGCUGGAGAGCUGCCAUGAAAUUUCAGAACCCCGGCUCCAAAACUAUGACGAGAAUGGCAGGAUCCACAGCUUGCGAAUAGACCGUGUCACCUACAAGGAGAAGAAGAAAUACCAGCCCAAACCUGCUGUGGCCCACACGGCAGAGAGGGAACAAGUGAUCAAGCUGGGCACCACCAAUUACGAUGACUUCCUGAGUUUCAUCCGAGCCAUUCAGGACCGGCUCAUGAAUCUGCCAGUGUUGUCAAUGGACUUGAGUACAGUGGGCUUGAACUACCUUGAGGAGGAGAUUACUGUGGAUGUCAGGGAUGAAUUCUCUGGCAUUGUAAGCAAGGGAGACAACCAGAUUCUCCAGCACCAUGUCUUGACACGGAUCCACAUUCUGAGUUUCCUUUCUGGGCUUGCAGAGUGCCGCUUGGGCCUCAACGAUGUCCUUGUCAAAGGUAAUGAAAUUGUUUCCCGGCAGGACAUCAUGCCCACCACCACCACAAAGUGGAUCAAGCUCCAUCAGUGCCGUUUUCAUGGGUGUGUGGAUGAGGAUGUAUUCAACACCUCGCGGGUUAUUCUGUUCAACCCUUUAGAUGCCUGCCGGUUUGAGCUAAUGCGGUUCAGGACAGUAUUUGCAGAGAAGACCUUGCCUUUCACACUCAGGACAGCAGCAAGCAUCAAUGGGGCAGAGGUGGAGGUGCAGAGCUGGCUGAGGAUGUCAACAGGCUUCUCCUCUAACCGAGACCCCCUCACCCAGGUUCCCUGUGAGAAUGUGAUGGUUCGUUACCCUGUGCCCAGUGAGUGGGUGAAAAACUUCCGCAGGGAAAGUGUCCUCGGGGAAAAGUCUCUAAAAGCCAAAGUGAACCGGGGGGCAAGUUUUGGCUCAACUAGUGUAUCUGGCUCUGAGCCUGUCAUGAGAGUAACCCUGGGAACUGCCAAGUAUGAGCAUGCCUUCAACUCCAUUGUGUGGAGGAUAAACCGACUGCCUGACAAAAACUCAGCUUCUGGUCACCCACACUGUUUCUUCUGCCACCUUGAACUUGGCUCUGACCGGGAAGUGCCUUCCAGAUUUGCCAGUCACGUGAAUGUUGAGUUCAGCAUGCCCACAACUUCUGCCUCUAAAGCGGCUGUACGAUCCGUCUCUGUGGAAGACAAGACUGACGUCAGGAAGUGGGUCAAUUAUUCCGCACACUACAGCUACAAGGUGGAAAUUGAGCAAAAGAAGAGUUUGAAGCCAGACUCUGAAGGAGAUGAAAUGGAAAAUCCCAAGGAGUGUGGGGUCCAGUGACAGAGCCCUACCCAUGACCCAUGAAUAGCUGAAGUUCAAGUCAGUACCUACCAUGGCUACUCCAUGUUGGGAACAGUAUAUUGGACCUUCCUUUUGUAGUUCCCUGUAUUUUAACAGGAAACCUGGAGGUGGUUGCUUUGUAGAGACCCUGAUAUGCCUGGUGAUGCACCCAGUUCACCUGACUUUUGGAGCUUCUUGUCUAAUUAAGCCUCCUUUUCUUCCCUCUGCUUAUCUCACGGCAGUUGGGUGUGGUUUGCUGUGACUGUUGGAGUCAGGAAAAGAACCUUCCACAUGAGUGUUGGCCCCAUUUCCUUCUGAUACUCAUCUUUCACUUACAUGAUCUUCUAGAAAACCCAGCCUUUAGAAAGUUCAGUAAGAAUCCACCUCUGUCACUCCCUCUAGAAAAAGGUUCAAAAGAGGUACAAAACAGACUUCCUCUUCGGGUCUACUAGGCUCUUUGUAUGUGUCUCCAUUCUUUAAGUGUUAACACUAUGCAACUCAAGUUUUCAAGACGUUUCCCUCCCAGUUCUGGGUGGUUUUGAUUAAAACACUUUUUCCAUCUCUCUGGUCCCAGGGUUAACCACCCUGAGUCACAAUAGACAAUGGAAAAAAAGGCACAAUAGGACACUUUUUUAUUCUGUGGUUAGCCCCGCAUUCUGCAAAGGGUGGCUAUUGAAGGGAAAGCAAAACUGAGCUGAUUUCUCUUCAUUCUGAGGAAAAGGGACUUUAAUUGUAACAUUAUAUUCAAUUCAGGAAACAACUUCAAUCUCAGAGAAUUCCCAAAUUCAUGCUGAAAAAUGCAGGCCAUUUCUGUUCCUGAAACAAAUGGAGAUAGGUAGGUAGGUAGGUAGGUAGGUAGGUAGAUAGAUAAUUAUACCUCAGGCAUUUGUCAGGGCAUUUGGGAGCUCUUUUUAUACCUCAAGCCUAUUAACAGUUGCUUGUCUCUUUAAUUCAGACUUUACAGGAAUUAUAAGUGGAAAAAAUAAUUUUAAAAGCUGUUUUAAAACUAAGCUUAUAUGAGCUUUCCUCCCAAAUUCAGAAUUUGAUAAUCACAGUAUUAUUGAUAGAAGACUGUAAAGGCAGAAGACUGUAGGGUAGAAAUGGGGGAAAGCCCUAUUUUUCUAAUGUUGGGAACAUUAAAUCUGAUUCCAAGAGUCUGGGACACUCAGUCUUCUUUCCCUUCAUCUGUUCCUGUUUAUAUUCUGUACUUCCACUUCUUUUUUUUUUUUUUUUUUUGAA